AUGGCUAUUAGAGGCGUCGAUUUCAAGUGGUAUGAUGGGUUCUUCUUAUCUAUGCUGGCGACAAGUGUAAUCAUUGUUGCAAUCAACUGGAAGCGUUAUCAUCUUUGUACAUACCCGUUGCAUAAAUGGAUUGUGGUUGAUUACACAACCGUGUUCGUUUUUCGUCUGUUGAUGUUUGUAGAUAAUGGACUUGCUGCUGGAAUGGGUUUGGAUUUUGGAUGGCAGCAGAGGUAUGCUCGUUUUUGUGGAAGAGUAGUGGUUCUUUCAAUUCUAUCUCUGCUACUUUAUCCAUUUCUUUGGGCUUGGACUAUAAUUGGCACUCUAUGGUUCACCAGUGCAAGGAACUGUUUGCCAGAAGAAGGUCAGAAAUAUGGUUUCCUGAUUUGGCUGCUUUUCAGUUACUGUGGACUGCUUUGCAUUGCUUGCAUGUCUAUGGGAAAGUGGAUGGCACGGAGACAAGCGCAUCUAUUGCGUGCUCAGCAGGGGAUUCCUAUUUCGGAAUAUGGGGUUUUGGUGGACAUGGUUCGAGUACCAGAUUGGGCAUUUGAAGCUGCAGGUCAAGAGAUGAGAGGCAUGGGCCAAGAUACAGCAUCAUAUCAUCCUGGACUUUAUUUGACUCCAGCUCAGAGAGAAGCAGUGGAGGCACUCAUUCAAGAACUUCCAAAAUUCAGGUUGAAGGCUGUUCCAACUGAUUGCAGUGAAUGUCCAAUCUGCUUAGAAGAGUUCCAUGUUGGGAAUGAGGUUCGUGGCUUGCCUUGUGCACACAAUUUUCAUGUAGAAUGCAUUGAUGAGUGGCUUAGACUGAACGUGAAGUGCCCUCGAUGCCGGUGCUCUGUGUUCCCAAAUCUUGACCUCAGUGCCUUAUCCAACCUCCGAAGUGCUGACUCUGAACGUUCAUCUGGUAGUGUAGUAACGACAACCCAAUAUGUGAGAACUCAGCCUCCCAGCCAGAGUUAUUUACUGAGAUUGCAAGGUUUGCUCCGGCCAGUCCGAACAGAAAAUGCUGGGGCUCCCAAUGAUGCAGAUGUUGCUUUAGAAACUGGUGAGACUGGAGGUUUGAAUGUGGCAGCUCAGGAUUCUACAGGCACAGAAACUGUACCAGGAGGGCUUGGUGGUCACUCCACACCACCACAACACUGAACUUUUUUCUUGGAUUCUCCCUGACGAUUUUUACUAAAUUUUUCUAACCUCUAGCCGGAAGAGGCUAGGUGAUGAUGUUUGUCCAUGGCCAUUGCUAAACACUUGCACUGGUUGCUUACUGUAACGAACGAUUUCAUACGUUGACCUAUGAGUAUAUCAAAUUCUCUGAUGCAAAAGAUGUUGAUAAUGAUGAUAUUGGAACCAAACGCCAUGUCCCAUCUUAUAAUGAAAGAAAGAUGUCCAUGCUUACAGGGAAGGCCUGCCCCCCUU